AUGAAAGAAGAUAGUUCUAAUGAUCCACAUAUUAACAGAAUAUAUACACAAAAUAAAACGAUAUGUCUAAAUGCACCUAUUCCAAAUAACCAAGGAAAUAAUAUAAAAAGCAACGAUGAUGAUAAGAAUAAUUAUUGUAAUAAUGAUAUAUAUUAUAAAAAGAAUAAUGAUAUGUUAAUAUCAAAUACUUCAGAAAGUACAGACAGGAGAUAUUACUCACAAUGUGUUGAUUCUAAUCUUGAUAAGAAUUAUGUAUCCAAUAGAGAUACUAGAUGCAAUAAUGCAAUUGUAAGAACUUAUUCGUAUAGAAAAGAAAUAUCUCCUAAUCACAAGAAGAAUACAAUAUUUAGAGAUAAAUAUAUUUUUCCUAAUGACCAAAGGAAUUAUAAAAAUUUAAGAGAACAUGCUACAUAUAAUAAUAACAAUGAACAUAAAACAAAUGAAGAAAAUUUAUUUCAUGCUUCGUAUGUAUAUAAUGUGAAUCAAAGUGUAUCAUCUGAUCAAGCUAGAGACAUUAGAGAAAAUAAAAAUGAAAAAAUUACAAAUAGUUGUUCUAGAAAUAGUAAUAUAAUAAAUGAAGGAGAUAAUUAUAAAAAUAUGAAUAUUUCUUCCAGACCAACUUUAAAUGUAAGUUCUUUAAAUAUGAAAGAUAUUAAUGUGCAUAUGAUAAAAAAUAAAAAAUAUCCAGAAAAUUAUAUAAAUCAAAAAAUAAUGAAUAAUAAUAAUAAUAAUAAUAAUAAUAAUAAUAAUAAACAUAUGAUUGAAAAGGAGAAAUGUAUAAGUGAAUUUUAUUCAUAUUCACAACCUCUAAAUCCCAUGAUAUUUAAUAAUAACAAUGCUGGAAAUAUGAUGUUGAAUAGAAAUAUAUUAAAUAAUUCUCAUAUGAAUGCGAAUAUGGACACAUUAAAUUAUUAUAAGAAUUAUAUAAACAACAAUAUAAGGAAUGAACAAAAAAUGGAUAAUAAUUAUAUGAAAGAAAAUAAACAUAUGAACGAGGAUAUUUUAAAUAACGACAUGUUGAGUAAUGAUAUUCUGAACAAUGAAAUUGUUAGCAGUGAUAUAAUAAAUGAUAAUAAUAUAAGGAACACCAUAACAGAUGGUAUUGGGAGUUAUUAUAAUUUGGGAUCUAAUAAAAUGAGGAUGUUCAACGUAUGUAGAAAUAUAUCACAAUCAUGUAAUAAUGACAAUAAUAAUAAUAAUAAUUAUAAUAAUUAUUAUAACAAUAAUUAUAAUUAUAAUUAUAAUGACAACUGUGAACAUACAAAACACAAUUUUCAUAACAGUAGGAAUGAUUAUGAAGAUGCACAAAAUAACGAUAAAGAUGAUAUAACUAAAGAAAUAGAAAAAAAUAUAUCUUUAUUGUGCAACCAAUCUCAUGUUGAUAAUUAUGAUAUGGAUAAUUCUAUAGGUAUCCAAGAAAACACAGUAAAUAGAAAUUAUAUAAAUCCUUUGAUAUAUAUGAAUGAAAAAGAAGAAAAUUGUUUUAAUAAAGGUCCUUAUAAUGAUAAUAAUGUAGAGAUGAUAAAUAUCCAUAUGACAAGCAAUAGUCAUGAUAAUGAGAAUAAUAAUGAAGAUAUGCAAUAUGGAAAUAAUUCAAUAUAUGAUCAUAUGACAACAAAUAUGGAUUAUAAAGAAGAGAAAUCAAAUAAUAUAAAGGAUAAGAAUGAUAUUCAUAUGAAUAAAACCUUUAUAUAUAAUACUACUUAUGAAUCUAUGCCUAAAAGAAACAUGAAUAUUUAUAAUAUUACAAAUAAGGAUAAUCAAUAUUAUAAUAAUAAUUAUAUUCAACAUAAUAAUAAUUAUAUUCAACAUUAUAAUAAUUAUAGUCAACAUUAUAAUAAUUAUAGUCAACAUUAUAAUAAUUAUAGUCAACAUUAUAAUAAUUAUAGUCAACAUUAUAAUAAUUAUAGUCAACAUUAUAAUAAUUAUAGUCAACAUUAUAAUAAUUAUAGUCAACAUAAUAAUAAUUAUAGUCAACUUUAUAAUAAUUAUAGUCAAUAUGAUAAUAAUUCUGGUCCAUAUCAUAAUAAUAUUGAACCUAUGAUGAAGAACACUCCUUAUAACAUGGAGAAUAGACAAGAUGGAAAUCAUUUAAAGGAAAACAAUUAUUUGAAUAAUACAUAUAAUAAUUAUAAUAAUAUGAAUAACAAUUAUGAAAAUUAUUAUUAUCAACAUAUUUCUUCUUCAAAUGAUAAAGAAAUAUAUGAUAGAAAUAAUAAUCCCUCAAAAAAAAUAUGUUUACGCUCGAAUAGCACAAAUACGUAUAACAAACAAACUAUUUUAUAUACUAAGAAUAUGAAACCUAAUAAUUUUUAUUAUACACAUAAUAUUAUUCAAAAUAAAUUCUUAAAAAAUGAAAAAGAAAACAAGACAAGAAAUAGCACUUAUAAUUCUUUUCCUACUAGUAUAAAUACGGAACAAAAAAAAUGUGAAACGACAAAAAAAGAUACAAAAGGGAAUUUAAUACAAACAGGAUAUGACACAAUCUAUCAGAUUAAUGAAGAAUGUGACAAUUAUAUGGAGAACUCAUCAAAAAAUUUAAAUGAAUAUAAUCAAUUGGAUGAUCAAAAUGGUAUGUAUAAUCAGAAUAUUUCAUAUAAUCAUAAUAUUAUGAAUAAUUAUGACCAUUCUGUUGAAAAUGGAGAGGUGCAGGCAAAUAUGAACAAAACUGAUUUUGAUAAUACACCUAUAAGUGGCUGUGAGAAUUAUCACAUGAUGAAUAAAAACAAUGAAAUGGUGGAUAUAAAUAAUAAUUUGAAAGUAUAUGAAUCAAAUACCAUGUUAGAUUCUAGAAAUGUAAAUAUUUCCAAUCCAGUUAAUGAAAAUGAUAUAAAUAAGAUAGAAAGAGAUAAUAUGAACAAAGAUGAAGAUAAAGAUAAAGAUGAAGAUGAAGAUGAAGAUGAAGAUGAAGAUGAAGAUAAAGAUGAGAAUAAAGAGGUAUCAAUGGAUAGGGAGGUAUAUGAUACAAUAAAUAAUAAUAAUUAUGAUAAUAAUAAUAAUAAUUAUGAUAAUAAUAAUAAUUAUGAUAAUAAUAAUAAUAAUUAUUAUGAUUAUUUUAAUUGUUAUUCACAAGAUAAUAAUAUAAAUAAAUUAGACCCAUAUGAAAUAGAAACAGGAGGAAAAAUAAAAAAUGAUAUAUCUUUACAAAUAAAAAAAGAAAACGAAUAUAAAAAUACCAAAAAUAUUUUAAAUGAUUAUAAUGUAAUAAACAAAUGUGUAGAACAUAAUAAUGAACAAUUAAAAAAUCAAAUAAUAGAAAAUGAACAUGAACAAAUUGAAAAAGAAGAAGAGACUAAUGACUUAGUAUUCUUACAAAGAAUUAAUAAAAAUUUUGUAUAUAAUACAAAUGAAAAUAAUUAUAUAUAUAAUAUAGAAAAUGAUUAUAAAAAUGAAGAAGUAAACAAAAAUAUAAAUAUAGGUAUAGAAAAAGGAUAUACUCAUUCUUCUUAUAAUAAUGUUUCUAUAAAUCAAACAGUAGAUUAUAAUAAAAACAAUAAUUAUGAGAUAAAUGCAAAAAAAAAUUAUGAUAAUAAUGAUAUGAUAAGUAAAGGAAUAAAUAUGAAUAAGGAAUCCAUAUUAUAUGCACAAGGUAAUAAAAUCAAUGAAAAUUAUAAAAUGAUGAAUGUAGAGAACCAGGACGAUAUUUCAAAAGAGGGAAAUGAACAAUCUGAAUAUAUGAUGAAUAAUACAAAUAGUAUAAAUAAAAAUAUAGAUGUUAAUAAUGGUUGUUAUAUAAAUAAUGAAAAUAAUGUGUAUCUUGAAGAAAAUAAUAAUAAUAUUAAUAAUAAUAAUAAUAUUAAUAAUAAUAAUUAUUAUUAUUAUAUUAAUGAUAAUAGAUAUACAAAUGACCAAGUUUCUGGCACAAAGAUUCUAAACCAUAACAACAACCAUUUAUAUAAUAAUACAUAUGAUGUGAAUAAUUUAAAUGUUAAUAAUAUGAAUGUAAAUAACAUAAAUAUAAAUAAUAGAAAUAUUAAUAUGAAGAGUAUGCAUAUAAAUAAUGUAAAUAUGAUUAAUACGUGUAAUAUGGCAUUUAUAAAAAACCAACCAAAUAAUAACAAUAAUAAUAAUAAUAAUAAUAGUAGUAGUUGUUGUUAUAAUUAUAAGAGUAACGAUAUUACUUCUAUUCUUCAUAAUGUCAACGAUGCUCCUUAUGAUACUUAUAAUGAAAUACCUCCAGCUUUAAACAAUAAUUAUAUAAAUACAAAUAAUAUGUUAAUAAAUAAUAAUAAUAAUAGUAAUAAUAGUAAUUACUAUAAUAAUAACAAUUAUAACAUUAAUCAUGAUCAUAGUAUGUACACUGAAAACAUACAAUCUAACCAAAUAUCUUCUGAUAAUAUUCAUCUAACUAACCAAUUUGAUAUAAAUAAAAAUGGGAUUCAACAAAAUAAUAUACUAAUAAAUAAUAAUGAACUCAAUGAAAAUAUUCAAAUGAUCCCACAAAAUGAUAUAUACUUUACAUCUACUUCGUCUAAUAAUAAUAUUAGGCCCAACUCUAAUUUUAUAUGUACACAUGGUAAUAAUAAUAAUAUUAAUAUUAACAAACUACCAAAUAUAAAUGAGAAGCAAGAUGUGAUUCUUUCUUCAUCGCCAAUUAUAGAUUCUAAUAUGUGCGCAGGAUCAUCUCACCUUCAACAUAAUAAUUAUAAAAAUGAGUUCCUAGAUAAUGGUUAUAACCCACAUUGUAAUAUAAAUAAUAAUGAUCCGAAUUAUUUUAAACAAGAAGAUGAUUGCGUGAAUGAAGAAGGGAUUGAUGAGAAUUACCAAAAAAGUGUGAGUCUGAACAUUAAUAUGAAACAGAGUAAGAAUAAAAAAUGUAAUAAUAACGAUGGAAAGAAAAAGAAUAACAAGAACGUAAAAGAAGAUAAGAAAAAUAAUAUGAUAAAUAAUAAUGAAAAUAAUAGUAAAAAAAAUAAGAAAAUUCGAAAAGCCAAAACUUUUGGAGGUACCGUAAAAAAAGGAGGAACUAUUAUCAACCUAGAAACAGAAUCACAACGUAUUAAAAGAACCCCUUUUUGUAUUUAUUCUUUAAAUGAUAUAUGUAAUCAUCUAAGAUAUGGUAAGAAAAGUGCUAAUUCUAUAAAUGGUAUGGUGAAAACGUUAUCAUGUGAUUGUCAGAUUCAUAAUGAUAUGAAAUGUCUCCAUCAAUAUAUUAAUUUUUUAAUAGCUCAAAAGGAAAAAGAAGGGAACAGAGACAAAAAUGAAGAAGAUAUAAAUGGUGGGGUAGAUAUAAAUGAUGGGGUAGAUAUAAAUGGUGGGGUAGACAUAAAUGAUGAGGUAGAUAUAAAUGAUGAGGUAGAUAUAAAUGAUGAGGCAGAAGAUACAAAUGAUGGGGUAGAAGAUACAAAUGAUGGGGUAGAUACAAAUGAUGAACAACGAAGAAAGAAAAAGAGAAAAAAAAUAAAAAAACAAAAUUGCUUACAUAUAAAAACAGAUGAAAAGAAUGAUGACCAUAUAGAUAAUACAUGUUGUAAUAAUAACAUAGAUGGUGAUUGUUGUGUAGAUAUUGAAUGUUGUGAUAAUGAUGAGAGUGAGAACGAAAGUAUUAAUUAUGAGAAUAUACUUGAAAAAUAUAAAGGAGAGUUGGAUAAUUAUAAAUAUUAUUAUGACUUUGAUGUAAAAAUAAAGAAAGGAUAUAUUUUAAAAGAUAUUUUAUUAAAUAAAUAUGUAUGUAAUUUAUAUAAUUUUAAUGAGUGCACAAAUAUUAUAUAUAAUAUAAGAAGAAUAUGGCAUCCAUCAUUUAAUAGACCAUUAGGUGAUAUAGGAAGAAAACUUAUAUUAAAAGAAAUUCGAGAACAUCAUCAUAGAGAUGCUGAAAAAACUACAAAAUUAUUAUUACAAAAUGGAUUGGAUUAUGGCAAGGUAAGAUUUAUGAAAGUAAAUGAAUUAUAUCAUUAUAUGUAUGCAUUAGGUGUUUUUGAAUAUGCUGUUAAGAUAUCUUUAGAAUUUGGUUCUAAUAUUCGAAUGAGUACUAUAAGUUCAAAAAUAGAUCAUGUUAAUUUAUGUAAUAAUAUAAAGAGUGGUUAUUCUUAUUGUCUUAUUUGUUGUUCUCAAAAAAUUCGUAUCGGUUCCAUUGUAAAUCAGACAAUAAAUUUAAUGAAUUAUAAAAUUUUAAUUAAUACUUAUGCUCAUUAUUUUUAUUAUUUUGUUAAAAAAAAAAAAUUAAAAAAAGUAAUAAAUCAAGAAGAAUAUGAAACCAUGGAUCAAAUUCUGAAUAAGGAUUCUAAUAAUAUAGGUAAUAUUAUUAUUAAAUCAAAAAAAAAUUUUUUUUUUAAAAAAUAUACAAAUAGGCAUUUUACUAAUGAGCAACAAAUAUAUUCUAUAAAUAGAAAUCCUAAUAGUUAUAUAAAUAAAAACAAAAAAUUUCACAUUAGUAAUAAAAAAUAUAAUAAUUAUCAUAUUAAUUAUUAUAGUGAUAGUAGUUAUUGUAGUAUUGUGCUCAUAGAUAAUGAGUACCUUCAUGAUGAUUUUUAUGAUAAAAAAAGUUGUCACAUAAGAGUAUCUUAUAUUUCUAAUACAAGUGACAACGAAAAUAUUAAUUAUAAUGAUCAUCAAAAUUAUAUUCAAAAUGAUACUUAUUCUAGUAUUAAAUGUGGAAGUAAUAAGAUAUGCUAUAGUAGUAUUUAUAGUGUAAAUGAUCUUAUCAUGAGUAAUAAUAGUAAACAAAGUAAUAAAGAAGACAAGGAUAAGGGUGAAGAAGAAGGUAAGGAAAAAAACAAGCAAAGUAAAUGCCAUAAAAAAGAUGACGUUUUAAAAAGAUAUAGCAUGUAUUUAAAAAAUCCAAAAGAAAAUAAAACAAAGAAAGAUAAGAAACCCAAAUCAGAUGAAGAUACACAGAAAUAUCCUAUAACACAAAUUGUUGACAAUAAAAUUUUUCAUUUAAAAAAUUCAUAUGUUAUAGAUGAUGAAAAAAAUGAAAUCAGUUCGUUAUCAAUAAAUUAUCAAGCUAAGAAUGAAUGUCAUAUAUAUUAUCAAAAUGGAGGACAAGUAGAACGUUUUAAAAAUGAAAUGAUACAUAUUAAUAUCGACAAUAGAAAUAGUGAAUACACGCAAAAUAAUAUGAAUGAAGAUAAAACAAAUGAGAAAGGUGAGCAUUAUAGAAAUGGUAAUAAUAAUAAGAAGAAGAAUAAGAGGAAAAAAAAUAAAAAGACCAAUAAGGAUGAUGUUGACAAUGAUGAAAGUAGUAGCGAUUCUGAAUCUGAUAGUGAUAAAAGAAAAGAUGAUGAUGAUGAUAAUAAUAAAAAAGAUGAUAAUAAUAAAAAAGAUGAUGAUAAUAAUAAUAAUAAUAAUAAUAAUAAUAAAAAUAACUAUAGUAGUAAUAAUUAUUAUUAUUAUUAUCAAUAUGAUUAUCAAAAAAAUGAAUGUAAUAGAUAUUAUCAAUAUAGAGAUAACGACAACAAUUUAAGAUACAACAAUAAGACUGAUUAUAAUAAUCAUAUUCUAUAUAAUUAUCAAGGGGAGUAUAAUAAUAAGAUAUAUUGUAACAAGGAUGAUAAUAAUAUAAAUAAAAAUAUAAAUAUAAAUAAUUAUAAUUAUAAUAGAAUUAUAGAUAAUUAUGAAAACAAUUCUAUUAACAAUCCUACAGAUAUAUCAAUAAUAAACAAGGAUAUGAUCUUAUAUUCUAAUGAGAAAAAAAGUAAACAUGAAAAUUUAAUAAAAAUUAUUCCUGAUGAAAAAAUUAUAUGGUCCAUUUUAAAAAGUGAUAUAUCUCCUAGCUUAACUCAGUUUUUUUUUAAUUUUAUUAUAAAAAAAAAUCAAAAUAAUUAUUUUUCAAACAAAAAUUAUAUAAAAUAUGAUAAUGAUAUGGAUGAUAUGUAUAUUAAUAAAACAGAUAUUAAAACAACAGACAGCUAUAAAAAUUAUAUAAAUUCCUCAAAUAUUAAUAGAAAUAAUAUAUCACAAGUAUAUAAUAAUUUAUCUUACUACACAAAUAAUAAACAUGUUCCAUAUAGAAAUUUAGAUAAUAAUGAAGUUGCAUAUGUAAAUAAAAAAAAAUCUUCAGAACAAUAUUCAUUACAAAAUGAGACCUGUAUAAAUAAAAAAUAUAUAGAAUAUAUAAAUAGUUAUGAUGAUAAUAUAAAUAUAAUACAAAGAGAUAAUCAAGAUAAAGAUAAAUACAUAGACAAAACAAACCAAAAAUAUAUUUAUAUAAAUAAUGAUAAUAAAGUAUGUACUGAUAAUAUUUUAAGAACCCAAACAGAUGAUAUUAUUUUUGAAGAUAUGUCAAAAAAAGAAAAUGAGAUAAAAUAUUAUACAAAUAAUAAUAUUAAUACAAAUAUAACUAACGAUAAAUUAUAUAAUAAUAAUAAUAAUAAUAAUAAUAAUAAUAAUAAUAAAUUAAAUAAAUUAUUUAUAGAAAUAAAAAAAAAUAAAUUAUGUAAAUAUAUACUUGAUAAAAUUAAAGAAAUAAAAUAUCAUAUAACAUAUAUGGAGAAUAUAAAAACUAAUAAUAAAAAAAGAAAAAGAAAUAUAACACAUCCAUAUUCUAUGAUUUAUCAAAUUAAUAAUUUCUUAAUUAACACCAACCCUUUUCAUAAUUCUUUUUUUCUUAAUGAAAUGAAUUACUCUGCCCUUGCAUAUAAUUAUAAAACGUAUCACAAAAAUGAAAAUAAUAAUAAUAAUAAUAAUAUUAGUUGUUAUUGUUAUUGUAGUGGAGGUGUAGAUUUAAGUGUAGGUAGAUAUGUAUCAAACACGUUGGAAACCACAAAUAAAAAUUUUCAUCAUAAAUAUUUAUUAUCACAUGAACAUUCAUAUAAUCAACACAAAGAAGGAGGAAAAAAUAAAAAAAAAAUUAAAAAAAGUAUCAAAAGAUUUUUCGAAUUUGCACACAUUUUUAAGAAGAUAUCACAAAAAAAAAAAGAAAAUAUGAAGGAUGAAAAUAUGCAUUUAUAUAAUGAAGACAAAAAAUGUAAAAACUUCAAAACCAUAAGACACAACGAGCAACUUCAUGAACAGGUUCUAUUUAUCAAUUCAAAAAAAUAUAACGAUGAAAUUAUAAAUGUUAACAAAAAUAUUAAAAAUGAAGAAGAAAUUAAUUUAACAUCUAAGUGUUUAAAACAGAAUAUACAAAAAAUAAAAUAUAAUGAUGAUAAAAAAAAGUAUAUAAAUAAUGAAGGAAAUAAUAUAUCAAUAGAUAAUGCAUCAUAUAAAAAAAAAGAAAAAAAAAUUUGGUCAUGUUUUCCAAAUUUUGAAAAAUCAAGGAAAUUAAAAUUUAUAAGAAAACAAAAAAACAAAAAAACAAAAUUUAAGAAAAUUAUAAAUUAUUUAAUUCAAAACUAUAAAAUUAAAAAUAUAAAUCAAACAAAUCAUUAUAAAAAUAAUUUUCAUGCUGAUGUUUAUUUAUAA